GUACUUACAAAGCUGCCCACCUCCAUAUGCACAGAACAUUACAAUAACCACACAUCGUCCACACCAACUUCCAUCAUACUGAUCUUAAGCCAACACAUUCCAUCAGCCCCACGCUUUGUCUGUCAACAUGUCCACCCUCGCAGAAGCAAACCGCAGGUACUUCGAUUCCAUAUCCGACUCCUACGACGCCAAGCCCUGGUUCGCAAAAGUAAACACCCAAGUCACCGAAAUCCUGCGCUCAAAACUCGACUGGGUCGGCAUUCCCUUUGCAAAAGCGGACUCCAGCAAUGAAGUCAAAUUGCUCGAUUAUGCAUGUGGAACGGGAUUAAUGACGCGUACCUUUGGUCCGUACGUCACCAAGACGCUGGGAAUCGACAUUUCGCCAAACAUGGUAUCGACAUACAACACACGAAUUGAAGCCGCGGGUCUAUCAAAGGAGACGGCACAUGCGGUUCAUGGAGACUUGUUCGACAAGGCGAAUCCGUCUCCGGCUGAGCUGUCGGGUCCCGAGUGGACUAACUUCGAUCUUGCGGCUGUGGGGUUUGGAUUCCAUCAUUUUGAGGAUGUGGUGCAUAGCGCGAAGCAGUUGAAGGAGAGACUGCGGCCGGGAGGCGUGUUGGUGAUUAACGAUUUUCUUGAAGGAGGAGAUCUGCAGGCUGAUGAGGAGGGGAGGCCGAUUGAGGGGAGUGAGGGGAAUUUGGCGGUGCAUAGUCAUGGACAUGGCCACUCGCAUGGAGGUGCUGGGUCGCAUGGACACGGGCAUGGCCACAGUCAUCACGGCAAGCACGAGCACCACCACAAUGAGGAGAAGAAACACGACGUCACAGACUCAUCACCAGAGCUCAAGAAGAAGAUGAACGACUCCAUCGUGGUGCCGCACUUCACUAUCGACGGCGUCAAGAAGUUCUUUACAGAAGCUGGAUUCGUGGACGUCGAUGUCAUCACAUUGGAUGAGAGGAGCUACAUGGAAUUCGCAGGAAAGAAGCUCUGGCGCACGAUCCUCAUCGCCAAAGGAAGGAGACCAAAUGAGGAGAAGAGUGAGUUAUGA